UUGAUGGCUGCAGCAGGCGCAUGAAGCAGGGCCCCAUUCUCAAGGUUUCUGCUAAGUUUGGAGACCAUCUCAUGCGGAGGCGGCACUUCCGGACCCCAGGUUGUGCCACCCGCACGAGUCCAGCCACACCGUGACAGGCGUUCUUUCCAUGCACGGUAGCGGAAAAUAGCCUCCUCGCAGAGAUGUACUUGGUGGAACGCAACUCAUACAGCUGUCAAGCAAUUGAGAAUGGUGCAGUCAUCAAGGAUACCGCCAUCACUGUAACUCCUGUGCUUAUGAAACAGAUAAACGUGAUCUGCAGCAUGCACCACGUUCCGUACAGGGCAGUCACCAUUUGAAUGCCUUUGGAGCUUGCGAACAAUCAAGCUGAAGCAGCACCUGCAGCCCACACAGCCAAGAUGCCAUUUGAUUGUCCGUUAUGCCCGUGGAGCUUCUCAAAAAAGUUGACACUAAAGAAUCACAUGCUCAUCCACUCGGGUGAGAGGCCAUUUGAAUGUCCUGCAUGCCCUCAAAGCUUCUCACGAAAGUGUAAUCUGAACCGACACAAGCGCACCCACACAGGUGAGAGGCCAUUUCACUGCCCUGUAUGCCCUCAGAGGUUCACUCGAAGUUUUAAUCUGGACCAACACCGACGCACCCACACAGGCGAGCAGCAAUUUCAGUGCCCUUCAUGCCCUCAGAACUUCUCACACAAGUCUGCACUGAAGAUUCAUGUGCGUAUCCACACAAGCGAAAGGCUAUUUGAGUGCCCUUCAUGCCUUCAGAGGUUCUCGGAGAAUUCUACACUGAAAAAUCACCUGCGCAUCCACACAGGCAAGAGGCCAUUUCAUGCCCUUCCAUGUCCUCGGAGCUUCUCACAAAAGGUUAAUCUAAAGCAACACCUGCACAUCUACACAGCUGAGAUGCCAUUUCAUUGCCCGUUAUGUCCUUGGAGCUUCUCAAGACAGUGCAAAUUGAAUAUUCACAUGCGCAGCCACUCGGGUGAGAGACCAUUUCAGUGCCCUACAUGCCCUCAGAGCUUCUCACAAGAUUGUAAUCUGAACCGACACCUGCGCACCCACAGAGGCGAGAGGCCAUUUCAGUGCCCUUCAUGUCCUCAGAGCUUCUCAACCAAGUAUGCACUGGAGAGUCAUGAGCGCAUCCACACAGGCGAGAGGCCAUUUCCAUGCCCUUCAUGUCCUCAGAGCUUCUCACAAACGAGUCACCUGAACCGACACCUGCGCACCCACACAGGCGAGAGGCCAUUUCAGUGCCCUUCAUGCCCUCGGUGCUUCUCGGACAAGUCCUGUCUGAACCGACACCUGCGCACCCACACAGGCGAGAAGCCAUUUCAGUGCCCUUCAUGCCCUCGGCGCUUCUCGGACAAGUCCCCACUGAAGAAGCACAUGCACAUCCACACAGGCGAGGGGCCAUUUCAGUGCCCUAUAUGCCCUCAGAGCUACAACCAUGUAAGCAAUCUGAACCGACACCUGCGCACCCACACGGGCAAAGCCAUUUCAGUUCGGUGCAUGCCCUCAAAUCUUCUCACAAAAGAGUAACGGUCACUAACCUGAAGCGACACCUGCGCACCCAGACAGGUGAGAGGCCAUUUCACUGCCUUUCAUGCCCUCAGAGCUGCUCACAAGAGUCAUCUGGACAAACACCUGCAUAUCCACACAGGCGAGAGGCCAUUUCAGUGCCCUUGGAGCUUCUCAAACAGGUCCACAAUGAAGAAUCAAGUGCGCGCUCACACAGACAACAUGCCACUUAAGUGACCUGUAUACCCUUGAUGCUUCUCACAGAAGUCUGCACUAAAGGUUCACCUGCGCAUCCACUAAUGUGAGAGCCUGUUUCAGUGCCCUUCGUGUCGGGAGCUUCUUGGGCAAGUCCACACUGAAAAAUCACGUGUGCAUCUACACAUGCGAGAGGCCAUUUCAUUGCCCUGCAUGCUCUCGGAGCUCACAAAAGAGUACUCUGAACUGAUACCUGAGUAGCCACACAGGUGAGAUGCCAUUGCAGUACCCUUCAUGCCCUUGAAGCUUCUCGUGAAAGUUUGCACUGAAGGUUUGCCUGCACAUCCAAUAAUAUGAAAGGCUGUUUGAGGGUUUUUCAUACUUUGAAAAAAUUUGGUAAUGUCCAAGUCCCCAAGCCAAUGCACACGCAGCAGAAAAAAUCGUAAAGGUCGCGUCAGUGCAUCUUUUGCCAAAAGAAUUGACUUUCCAAAGUACAGUUUCUGCACAGUGGUGCUGAGUUGUGAAACAUUAUUUCUUGGUUUUCAUGUUUUUCUGACCAUUUUUUAAUGGAACCUCAGUGUAUACAUACAUUAUUUCUCUUAAUAAAAUACUUGGUAAUUAGCAUUUGUCUGGUUACCUGUUCCCUGUUUCAAUUUUGCACUUCAACUCUACUCAUGGAUUAUCAACUAGCCUGCUUCCAAUUUUUGCUAAGCCUUUUCUGUAAGAAUAAUUUUUUUUUUGCCUGCACAUUCUAUACAUGUGUGAGCUCUUGGAGGUCUUUUCAUUGUUAUGAUGUUUAAGCUUUUUAUUGUCUUGUAUAUAAGUGCUGUUUUGUGCAUUCAAGUCAUCAUCAGCAUCAGCCUAUAUUUAUGUCCACUGCAGGACGAAGGCCUCUCCCUGCGAUCUCCAGUUACCCCUCUCUUGCGCUAGUUAAUUUGAACUUGCACCUUCAAGUACUUAGCUGCUAAUUAGGAAAUCAGUUGUGUAAGUCUGUUUCAACGCACUAAAUAAAAGACUUUUGUGAAUGGAUACUGUUAAUUCUUGAUAUUUCAAGGCUUGCACUAAUAGCAUUUAAUCUCAGUUCAUUAGCAUUUUAUUGUGCAGAAUGCUUCGAGAUAA